UCCGGUAACAGUCCGCCUGCUGUUGCAUCGUGGCUCAGGAGCCUCUUGUUCGGGGUUCGGUAUCGGGGACAGCAGCUCCCGGCCACAUGGCCACCCUCGACGAGGAAGAAAGCGAAUGGGAGAAGCUCAAUCGGACGAAUUGGAGAGGCUUAGGAUUGGCAGACCCUGUUAAGAACGUUGAGGAUAAAUGGCUGCUUCUGCCUGCCUUUCUCAAAGUCAAAGGUCUCGUAAAACAGCACAUUGACUCGUUCAAUUACUUUGUGGACGUUGAUAUCAAGAACAUUCUCAAAGCAAAUAACAAAGUCACAUCGGAUGUGGAUCCGCGUUUCUGGCUGAAAUAUACGGACAUCCAUGUGGGCUUCCCCGAUAGGACCGACGCGGACGCCAUUGACAAGAGCGUCACCCCGCAUGAGUGCCGAUUGCGGGAUACCACGUACAGCGCACCGAUUUUGGUGACGAUACAAUAUACACGCGGGAAGAGCGUCGUACGUCGGCCCAAUGUCAGCAUAGGGCGAAUUCCCAUCAUGCUCAGGAGCAACAAAUGCGUUCUUACUGGCAGGAACGAAGCGCAGCUAGCUCGCAUGCUGGAGUGCCCGUUGGAUCCUGGGGGCUACUUUGUUGUCAAGGGCACGGAGAAGGUCAUCCUCGUUCAGGAGCAAUUGAGCAAGAAUCGAAUCAUCGUGGAGACGGAUCCCGUCAAGGAUGUCGUACAGGCCUCUUGCACAUCAUCCACUCAUGGCGGCCUGAAGUCGAAGACAUACGUCGCUACCAAGAAGGGCAAAAUCUAUCUCCGACACAACUCAAUUCACGAAGACGUCCCAAUUGUCAUCGCGCUCAAGGCCUUAGGCUUCCAAGCGGACAAGGAGAUUCUACUCCUGACUGCAGGCAACUCGGAGGUUUACAAGUCAGCAUUCUCCCCCAACCUCGAAGAAGCGGCCAAGCUUGGCGUGUUUACUCGCCAUCAGGCGCUAGAAUAUAUCGGAAGUCGCGUUAAAGUAAACAGACGAGUCAUCGGACCCAGGAGGCCAGCUUGGGAAGAAGCUAUGGAGGCGCUUGCUACGAUCGUUCUCGCACACGUCCCCGUUAACGGACUCGAUUUUCGUCCGAAGGCCAUCUUUGUCGCUACGAUGACGAGGCGUGUGCUCAUGGCGAUGGCGGACGAGAAGAUGGUCGACGAUCGAGACUACGUCGGAAACAAACGACUGGAGCUUGCCGGUCAAUUGCUCGCUCUGCUAUUCGAGGACCUCUUCAAGACCUUCAACUCGAACCUGAAGUCCGCGAUAGACAAGGUACUCAAGAAGCCAUCCCGGACGAAUGAGUUCGACGCCUGGAAUACCAUGCAGUUCAUGGGCGACCAUAUCACGUCGGGCUUCGUGCGCGCCAUCUCAACCGGCAACUGGUCGCUGAAGCGUUUCAAGAUGGAGCGUGCUGGUGUUACCCACGUUCUGAGCCGGCUCAGUUUCAUCAGUGCGCUCGGUAUGAUGACGCGAAUCAGUUCGCAGUUCGAGAAGACCAGAAAGGUCAGCGGUCCUCGCGCGCUGCAGCCAAGUCAAUGGGGCAUGCUCUGUCCCAGCGAUACGCCCGAAGGAGAAGCUUGUGGGUUGGUCAAGAAUCUCGCCCUGAUGACGCAUAUCACCACGGACGUUGAAGAGGAGCCUAUAAUCCGCAUAGCCUAUCUGUUAGGUGUCGAAGAUAUUUGCUUGGCGUCCGGUGCCGAGGUUUACGGCCCUCAUACCUUCGUGGUCCACGUGAACGGUACCAUCAUCGGCCUGACUCGAUACCCCGCACGUUUCGUCUCAAACUUCCGCAAACUCCGUCGUGCUGGGCGUUUUAGCGAAUUCGUCAGCAUCUACGUCAAUCACCACCACAGUACCGUGCACAUCGCGACCGAUGGCGGGCGUAUAUGUCGACCAAUGAUCAUCGUGGAAAACCAGCGGCCACGAGUAACAUCAGAUCACAUCUUAUUGCUGAAGAAGGGCCAAGUUAACUUCGACGAUUUCCUGAAGAAGGGACUUGUGGAGUAUCUUGACGUGAACGAGGAGAAUGACUCGUACAUUGCCCUGUACGAAGCGAACAUCGUAUCGAGCACCACGCACCUCGAGAUUGAACCUUUCACAAUCCUCGGAGCCGUUGCGGGUCUCAUCCCGUAUCCUCACCACAAUCAAUCUCCAAGAAAUACGUACCAAUGCGCCAUGGGCAAGCAGGCCAUCGGAGCCAUCGGCUUCAAUCAGCUAAACCGCAUCGAGACGUUGCUGUAUCUGCAUUGCUACCCCCAGCAGCCGAUGGUCAAGACCAAAACAAUUGAGUUGAUCGGCUAUGACAAGUUGCCCGCGGGACAAAAUGCUACCGUUGCAGUGAUGAGUUACUCCGGAUACGAUAUCGAGGACGCCUUGAUCCUUAAUAAGGCAAGUCUAGAUCGGGGCUACGGAAGGUGUCAGGUCCUUCGAAAGAACCAAACACUAAUCCGCAAGUAUCCUAAUGGAACUUUCGAUCGAUUAGCGGACGCUCCGGUGGACGAGAACGGCGGAGUCCAGAAGAAAUACGAUAUCAUUCAGAUGGACGGGCUCGCCGGCGUCGGGGAACGCGUCGACCCCGGCGACGUCUACAUCAACAAGCAGACGCCGACGAACGCGAACGAUAAUGCCUUCGUCGGUCAAGCAGCGUCAGUGCCAUACAAGAACGCGCCGAUGACGUACAAGUCACCCGUCUCUGGCUACAUCGACAAGGUUAUGAUCACCGACACCGAAAAUGAGCAGACGCUCAUCAAGGUGCUGAUGCGUCAAACACGGCGGCCGGAGCUCGGCGAUAAGUUCUCCUCGCGGCAUGGCCAGAAGGGCGUUUGCGGGCUGAUAGUGAAUCAGGAGGACAUGCCGUUCAAUGACCAAGGCAUCGUUCCAGACUCCAUCAUGAACCCACACGGUUUCCCGUCCCGAAUGACGGUCGGCAAAAUGAUUGAAUUGUUGGCUGGCAAAGCCGGAGUGCUGUCCGGAAAAUUACAAUACGGUACAGCCUUUGGCGGGUCAAAGGUCGAAGACAUGUCCCGGAUUCUCAUAGAGAACGGCUUCAACUAUGCCGGAAAGGAUAUGUUGACGAGUGGGAUCACCGGAGAGCAGAUGGAAGCCUACGUCUACUUCGGGCCUAUCUACUAUCAGAAACUCAAACACAUGGUCAUGGACAAGAUGCACGCCCGGGCGCGCGGGCCCCGCGCAACUUUGACGCGACAACCGACCGAAGGUCGCUCCCGCGAGGGCGGCCUGCGCCUUGGCGAGAUGGAGCGUGACUGCCUCAUUGGCUAUGGCGCGACGCAGCUCCUUCUGGAGCGCCUUAUGAUCUCCUCCGACAAGUUUGAGGUGAACGCGUGUGCGGAGUGCGGGUUGAUGGGCUACAACGGGUGGUGCACCUACUGCAAAAGCUCCAAGAAAAUGGCGCAAUUGACGAUCCCGUACGCUGCUAAGCUUCUGUUCCAAGAGCUCAUGGCGAUGAAUGUGGUCCCACGACUCGAACUGGAUGAUGCAUGAGGUUCCACGGUCUUUCAUGUUUGCCAACCUUAUUUUAUGACUGUAUUCUCUCCCGCGUCGCUAUCUCAUAAUCGCAAUGUAUCCAUAGGAAUUCAAUGCCAGGUACUCCAAUCUGCC